UGCCUAGAAGAUGGUAAAUAAGCUGUGAGGGGAAAAAGAACCUGGCACCAUCUUUACAGCUCCUGGAGCUCCUGCCGUCUCUUGGAGAUGGGGGGUGUUCUGGGAUUGUGCUCCAUGGCGAGCUGGAUACCAUGUUUGUGUGGGAGUGCCCCCUGUCUACUGUGCCGUUGCUGCCCCAGUGGAAAUAACUCCACAGUAACUAGGCUGAUUUAUGCCUUCUUUUUGCUUAUUGGUGUGGGUAUAUCCUGUGUGAUGUUGAUACCAGGAAUGGAAGAACAGUUAAAUAAGAUUCCUGGAUUUUGUGAUAGUGGGACAGGACUUGUGCCUUGCAACGUAUUGGUUGGAUACAAAGCUGUCUACCGUUUAUGCUUUGGUAUGGCCAUGUUUUUCCUUCUGUUUUCCUUAUUGAUGAUCAAAGUGAAGAGCAGCAGUGAUCCUAGAGCUGCAGUGCACAAUGGAUUCUGGUUCUUUAAAUUUGUAGCAGCAGUGGCAAUUACUGUUGGAGCUUUCUUUAUCCCAGAAGGACCCUUUACUACUGUGUGGUUUUAUGUGGGCAUGGCAGGGGCAUUUUGCUUCAUCCUCAUCCAGCUGGUUUUACUUAUUGACUUUGCGCACUCAUGGAAUGAAUCAUGGGUUGAAAAAAUGGAAGAAGGGAACUCAAGAUGUUGGUAUGCAGCUUUGUUAUCAGCUACAGCAAUGAAUUACCUGCUGUCUUUAGUUGCUAUAGUCCUGUUCUUUGUUUACUAUACUCGCCCAGAUGGUUGCUCAGAAAAUAAGGCCUUUAUCAGUGUCAACAUGCUCCUAUGCAUUGGAGCUUCUGUAAUGUCUAUUCUGCCCAAGAUUCAAGAAUCACAGCCAAGAUCUGGUUUGUUGCAGUCUUCAGUAAUCACAAUCUAUACGAUGUAUUUGACCUGGUCUGCUAUGACAAAUGAACCAGACAGACAGUGCAAUCCAAGUUUAUUGAGUAUAAUUGGCUAUAAUGUCACAACAAGCACUCCAAAGCAAGGGGACUCUGUCCAGUGGUGGGAUGCCCAAGGAAUUGUGGGACUUAUGCUCUUUUUGUGUUGUGUGCUUUACUCAAGCAUCCGGUCAUCUAACAACAGUCAGGUUAAUAAACUGACUUUGACCAGUGAUGAAUCAACACUAAUAGAAGAUGGUGUAGCAAGACAUGAUGGAUCACUUGAUGAUGGUGAUGAUGUUCACCGAGCAAUAGACAAUGAAAGAGAUGGUGUUACUUACAGUUACUCUUUCUUUCAUUUCAUGCUUUUCUUGGCUUCACUUUAUAUCAUGAUGACCCUGACCAACUGGUACAGUUAUGAACCUUCUCAUGAGAUGACCAGUAAAUGGACCUCAGUUUGGGUGAAAAUUUCUUCAAGCUGGAUUGGUAUUGUGCUGUAUGUUUGGACACUAGUGGCUCCACUUGUCCUCACAAACCGUGAUUUUGACUGAACUGGAGUUCUGGAAUGAACGUUCUUUUGCUUCUUGCUCAUUUAAAUUGACAGUAUUCCAGACUUUGAUGUAAAUAUGUGUGUGUGUGUGUGUGUGUGUG